CUUGACCCGCAACCUAUCCCGCCGCAACCCCAGGCAACCGACCGACGCGGUAGACAGGUCAAACGUCCGGUCCGUUUUUCCGAUUUUGUAAGCGUUUGCUAUUUCCAUUAACACGCCUUUUUCGUCUUUAAUGGUUAUCCUGCGUCUCACCCACAAACGUUUUGCAAAAUCGACAAAAAAACCCAAAACAUUUUGAAAAACCUAAAAAGCGUAUUUGCUUUUAUCAUACAUGCCAUGUUCCCUCUCCGGCGUCAAGCCACUUCCCAGACCCUUGCCAACCCCCUCUGAGUUCUAUCUUCCAGAAACUCAACCGCCGGAACUGCCCAGGCAACCCUCGAGUGACUCGCCAACCGGCUCAACGCAACCCUGGAGUGACUCGCCAGCCGUCCCACAGCCCCCAUCCUCACCCCAUUCCCCGCCCUCGAUCGCAGACACCCGCGAAGGAUUGGUCCCUAAACGCCGCCUAGGCAUUGCCGACGAGGACGCCCCGCAUUCCUUCGUGGGACGAGCACGCCUGGAUUUCUUCGUGGGACGAGGACCGUGGACUAAAGUGCGGUGGGGGGAGUGACACCUCCCAAGCGCACCGUCGGGUCUGCAGCAAUGGGAAGGUCCUCUCGACCUUUUUUCUGGACUAGCCAGUUAUUUUUGCAGUCCGACCAGCCCGCCCCGACGGCCCACCGAUGAUGCACUCUGG